GAAAAAAAAAUAGAAUAAUAAUAAUGUAUAAAGUCACUUCAUUACUUGUAUUAGCACUUGGUGCUUUUACAACUACUGUCAUGAGCUUAAAUGUCACUAAUAUUAAGGACUGUCCUGCUCUUACGCCGCGUACAUCACCCACAAGUGUACAUGAUCUUCGUCCCGAUGAUAUUAAAGUGGUCGGUGCGCUUGGAGACAGUAUUACUGCUGGUUAUGGUAUAAUGGGUUAUAAUUAUUCACUUCCUCCUUUAAUUGCUACCCUUGAAUCUUAUUAUGAAUAUAGAGGUCUUAGUUACAGCAUUGGUGGCGAUGAAAAUGCUCUUACUAUUCCCAAUUAUGUCAAACAUUAUCAGCCUAAUGUGACUGGUUAUUCAACUGAUAGACAUAUUGUCGAAUAUUGUAAUGCUUUUGAGUGCGUUGGUAUUUAUCAACCUCAUGAUGAUCAACUUAAUGCUGCUCAGAGUGGUGCUAUUGCUAUGAAUUUAGAACAUGAAUUAAAUUAUUUAAUUGCACGCUUACGAACAAUGAAGGGUAUUAACUUUCAAAAUGAUUGGAAAAUGAUUAAUAUUCAGAUUGGUAGCAAUGAUAUGUGUGGUGCCUGUAAUAGUUCCUAUAUGGAUGAAGUAACACCUGAAAAAUAUGGAAACUAUGUGGCAAGUGCUAUUGAGACCAUCCAAGCUAAAAUUCCUAAUGUAUUAGUCAACUUGAUCGGUACCUUUAAUGUAUCUGAAGUAUUUCCUCUUACUGCUGGACAAUCUUAUUGCCAGAGAAGAGGUCAAAAUUCUUCUACAGAAGGCAAUAUUCAUUCAUGCUCAUGUGGUGGAACUCCUGAAGGUUUAGAAUUAAUGAGCAAUCUCUCAAAAGCUUACAAUGAAAAACUUUAUAAUAUUUAUGAGAAAUACCAACAAAAUAAGAUGGAUAAUUUCACAGUAGUUUAUCAACAAAGUAACAUUAAUAUUUCCGGUUUUCCUAUUAACUUUUUCAGUGAUCUCGACUGUUUCCAUCCUAGUUUAAUGGGGCAUCAAUGGGUUUCCAAGAUUAUUUGGAACCAAUUAUUUACAAAGCAAGAUAUGAAGCCUCGUAUCUUUAAUUUUAAUGUGAAUGAGACCAUCUAUUGUCCUAUCGACUCGGAUAGAAUCGCUACAAACUAACUUUAAUAAUAUAACACAUAUUAAUCUAUGUAAAACAAGAUCGAACGCAUUGUUACAUUUAACACAAAAUAAAAUGUAGAUAAACCUAUUAGAACCACUGCAUUCGUUAAACAUGAAAUGUAUAUAUUAAUAAACUAUGCACGUUUUUUUAGCUCGAUCACUUU